UUUGACACUGACAGCGAAGCUUCCGUCAUCGCCUCCAGUUUGUUGUAUUUAUUUUGGACUGAAUUAUUUUCAACAUUAAAUUCAACCACUAAAAAUAAAGCAUUUCCUUGAUUUAUCAGUCUAAUUAAUGUGUUGAGGAAUGGCCUCGUCUAGUAAGCUUCCUGGUACGGGUCUAGAAGACGUUGGUGUGCCGGGACAAUCAUAUCUGCGAGACGCUCUUACGAGUUGCACGGAUCCCUUGAAAGCGAUUGAAGAAUUUCAGCUGGAAAAUGGUAUUUUACUCCCUUCCUUACGACCCAUGCUGCCUUUGCUCGAUCUACACGGCGUCCGGCGACUUGACUUCCACACCUCGGUCUUAGAAGAACUAAGAGACAAGCUCACAUCUCAUAUCAACGAACUUGGCGCCAAAGACGCUCCGAAAGAGAAUGACAAAAAACUGAAAGAGCUGCUUGCUAAAAGCUUCCCCGUCGUCAAAGUAAAAGCUCUGAGACCUGUUAUUAUGGGAAUUUUGAAGAACACACCCCAUAUUGACGAUAAGUUUCUCCGAGUAUUAGUGAGAGACCGGGACUUGUACAAUGACACUGACACGGAAGUGAAGCGACAGAUUUGGCAAGACAAUCAGAGCCUGUUUGGUGAUGAAGUAUCUCCAUUGCUCAGCCAGUAUAUUAGGGAGAAAGAAAAUGUUUUAUUUGAUCACGAGAAUCUUAACAAUUUGUUCUAUUCACCUGCCCCAAAAAGUAGAAGGGGAGAAGAAGUAGUAAAAAAGCUGGCUCAUAUGAUAGGCACUAGUGUGAGAUUGUAUGACAUGGUGCUUCAGUUCCUUCGUACUCUGUUCCUGAGAACAAGAAAUGUCCAUUACUGCACCCUCAGAGCUGAACUACUGAUGGCUUUACAUGACUUGGAGAUCCAAGACAUUAUUUCUGUAGACCCCUGUCACAAAUUCACUUGGUGCUUAGAUGCUUGCAUAAGAGAAAGGAAUGUUGACAUCAAGAGAUCCAGAGAGCUCCAAGGCUUCUUGGACAGUAUAAAAAAGGGUCAAGAGCAAGUCUUGGGUGAUCUAUCUAUGACACUAUGUGAUCCUUAUGCUAUAAACUUUCUAGCUACUUCAGUCAUAAAGAUAUUACAACAUUUAAUUAACACUGAAAGUCUUCCUCGGGACAACCCUAUUUUGAUCCUUCUGCUUAGAAUGUUGACAUUGGGACUGAGUGCUUGGGUAAUGAUUGAUUCCCAAGAAUUUAAGGAGCCUAAACUAGACAGUCAGGUGGUGACAAAAUACCUGCCGGCCUUGAUGUCAUUAAUGGUAGAUGACCAAGUGAGAGCCCUGCACAACAAGCUUCCUCCAGAUGAAAGAGAAUCAGCCAUCACCACUAUUGAACACUCUGGACCACCCCCAGAUGCAUGUGAAGCGUAUAUGCGAGAGAACUCUGUCUGUGGAGUCUUAGCCAUGUACUACACCCUCCAUGCUGCCAAAUUACGUGACAGAGGUGCCUUGUUGAGAAUCCUCAGUAUCCUUGGCAGCUGUAAAGAUGGUAGAGCCUAUGAAGAUCCUUUCCUACACACUUUGGUAUCACUGCUUGUUCAGUUGCCUGAUGAAUUCCAAGGUGAAGAUUUCAGUACAGUUUUGUUUGAUGAGUUCUUCUUUGCUGGUCUGUCCAAAGACAAUGUGACCAGACAUUUACUGAAAUUGCUAUGGUACAUCUAUCCCAAACUUCCUGAGACCAGAAUACACACAUUGAUGAAGGCUCUGCAGCCUGGAACCAAUCAUAAUAGUGCAGUUCAUAAACUGUAUGAAGAGUUGCAGCAGAAGAUCAACAUACAGACAGAGCCGGCUACCCCAGCUGUCACUGAGAUGGAAUACUUGGACUCUCCGCUCAUGAGUGUGCCCACACCUGCACCUUACCAUAAUAUGUAAUUUUAGGCCUUAUUAAGUACUUUAACUAAGUAGAUCCAUUAUAUUUUAUUUUACUGAAGGGUAUAAUAAAAUUGUAAGACAUAAAUAUUAUAUAUUAUUAUAAUCAAUAAACUUAUGAUAUUCUCUGAAAAUUGUCUUUAUUAGUACUGACUUACAUUACAAUAAAUGCUUAAAUUAAAUUGA